UGCUUGGUGAGAUGGAGAAGGACCCAAAGCUGGUUUAUCACACCGGUCUGACUCCAGCCAAACUACCGGACCUGGUUGAGAACAACCCUCUGGUGGCCAUCGAGAUGCUCCUGAAGCUGAUGUCCUCCAGCCAGAUCACGGAGUAUUUCUCUGUCCUGGUCAACAUGGACAUGUCGCUGCACUCCAUGGAGGUGGUCAACAGGUUAACCACAGCGGUGGAUCUUCCUCCUGAGUUCAUCCAUCUCUACAUCUCCAACUGCAUCUCCACCUGUGAGCAGAUCAAAGACAAGUACAUGCAGAACCGUCUGGUGCGUCUGGUGUGCGUCUUCCUCCAGUCCCUCAUCAGGAAUAAGAUCAUUAAUGUUCAGGAUCUGUUCAUCGAGGUGCAGGCCUUCUGCAUCGAGUUCAGCCGAAUCCGUGAGGCCGCCGGUCUCUUCCGCCUCCUCAAGACUCUGGAUAACGGAGAGAUGCCAGCCGAGGGCAAGACGGCCAAAUGAGCUCAAGGACUAAAGCUGAGUCUCUCCUCUAUUAAAGCACACGAGUUCAGCCUUUCAGCGCACAGACUGAACGGCGUACGAACUCCAUCUGUUUUCUCUUCCUAUCUUUACAACAUGUGCUCCACUAUCGUGACCUGUUUUGAUCCCAAACACCUGUAUUUUUUGUCCAUUAAAGUGAUGGUUGCGUACACGUUCUCAGAC